UUCUUCAAAUCCGGAGUAGAGGAAGCCCAUUUGGUAUUUGAUGGUAUCAAUACAAACAAAAAUACUUGGAUGGAUCCUGCAAACUUUUUAUAUUCUCUGGAAUAUGGAGGCCUCGUCAAUGCCACAUCAGCAAGUAUAUCGGGUGAUGGGACCCGUACUUUUGCAGUAAUAGAUCAGUCUGGGACUUGUUCAGCUAUGACUGCAUGGAUGUUGGUUUUAGAUGAUGCGUCUGGAAGCACUACAUGUUCUUUUGACAACAAUGUCCGAACUCGUCCUUAUUUCCUGUACAGCAACACUGGGGCAGCCACUCAACUAGAAUCCGGUUCAGCCUGGGACAGCGUCAACUUUCCAUAUGCCGAUACACUUGGCAUCUUCAUAAUAGGAUGGUUCCCGGUGAUGAAGGUUGCCAAUGGGGGAAAUGUGGCCCCGGCUACUGGCAUAUACAAUCUAUGGUCUGGCACAUACACUCUUAAUGAAUAUGUCCUCCAGGCCUACUCCAUGUCCACAGGAACGGAUUCUUACAAAUCAAGUAUUGUCGAUAGCUGGACGUCCUACUACAUACAGGCGGUGAGGAUUUCUUUCUUCGUGGGAGGACAAGAAGUAGCCUACGUGGUCUUUGAUGCACAUGGGUCAACGAAAAUUACAUGGCUCAACUGUGACCGAAUAUUGUACACUUCGUAUGUUGAUCUGACCAGAGACACGUCGGUUCUACACUGUUCUAUAGCAGGAAAUAACAACAGAUACUUUUUCAUAGAGGAGACGUACGGCUCAGACUGUGCGGCCAACUUUGGAUGGUUUGGAAUAAUAGAAGGCAGUCUUUGCACCUAUGACUCAAAAGAUACACGACCCUUUCCUCUAUACAGCGAUGCAGGAUUUUCUGAAGCAAACGAUGAUAUGGCCGUGGCCGAUGUGUUUUCGGUUUCUAUUGCUCGGGACAACAUGUGCGCACUGGUCACCUGCCUGAAUGGAGGAACAUGCUAUGACUGGGGUGCGCGAUUCGAAUGUGUUUGUGUCGGGGACUAUUAUGGAGGUCAAUGUCAAAACUUGGAUGGUGGUUGGACAGUUUGGACGGCUUGGUCGGACUGUAGUACCACUUGUUAUGCCCAGGGAACACAGAUACGAGAACGAAACUGCACCAACCCAACAACUGCUGGGGAUGGAGUGUACUGUAUCGGAAACAGCAACGAGACUUUCUUCUGUAUCCCUACCAACCUGGACAUCUGUUCACGUAAAUAGCUAUGUAAAAUAAUGACUGGUUGGCGUCCGGUCAGAUAGCAAGACCAAUUACUGUAAAAGUGGAUAUUUUCGC